AGUUUAGAGCAUCUGAACUCGUUGACGUGAGACAACGCAUUGUUUGCGUUUGUGAAACGGUGUGUGCGCAUGCGCACGCCUAUCUGGGCGGAGGGAACGAGUCGGGAGCUUCGUACACAGCUCAGGCGCUGGACUCCGAAGAAACUAUGUCGGGAGCAACCGAACGACACCAAGAGCCGACGAUUUAUCACGACGUGUACGUGUCACUCGAGGAAGUGUACAACGGUUGCACCAAGAAAAUUAAAAUCACGAGGAUGGUGACGGACCCGGGCUGUCACACGCCGAAGCCGGAGGCCAAGGUGUUCGAGGUCAAAGUGCAGCCCGGCUGGAAGGAAGGCACCAAGGUCAGGUUCCACCGCGAAGGAGACCGGCUUCCCAACAGCAUCCCCGCCGACGUCGUGUUCGUCAUACGUGACAAGCCGCACCCACAGUUCAAGAGGGAUGGAGCGGAUGUCCGCUACGUCGCAAAGAUCACUUUCAAAGAGGCUCUGCGAGGGACAACGCUGGAAGUGCCCACAAUCACUCAUGGCACGAUAUCUGUGCCGCUGACAGACAUCGUUAAGCCCACCACUGUCAAGCGCAUCCGGGGACAGGGCCUGCGCCGACCUGACGACACCAGGACCCGCGGCGACAUGAUCUUAAGUUUCGACAUCCAGUAUCCUAGCCAGAUGACGGACGCUGCUCUGAAGAUACUCUGGGACACAAUAGAUCCCCUCAUCUGAGAAAUGUCGAUGCGGGGAGAACUUCCUGUUUAAUUUGACUUGUCCGUUGAGAGUUUUAGCGGGUGUAGACAUUCAAGUCUCUUUGAUCAGCCACAAGGCGUUUUAAAGUGAACACGUUUGUGUACAACGACAACAUUUGUGAUAUUUUAUGCUCGUGUGUCACUUAUGGAAAGCUAAUCUGAGCGAGUGAGUGAGUGAAUAAACUUUAUUUCGGAGACCAA